GGUAAGUCAACAAGCGCCAAGAUGCAGUUGCUGUGUGAUCGCAUUUCGUCUGUUUUGGCUGGUGUACUGGUGGGCUUGUGGUAUGGCAAAACGUUCUCCAAAGAUGAUAAACAAGCCAAAAAUGAAGGCAAGGGCAAGGGAAAACCGGAUGACAAAGAUGAGACAAAGAAACCAAAGAAUAGGCAAAUGAGAUUUACCAAAUACGAUGAAUGAGAAUAAAUCGCAACAAUUCAAUGAGAAAA